AUGUCACCAAGACACAAGUCAGCAGUUCAACCUGCCAAGGGUGAAGUGUUCAGCCAGACAAAUAUGCACUUAGGCAAACACCGCUUCACCACGCUGUCAUACUGUGUAGAUGACAGUUCGGUGCCGAAGAGUACACCCGUGCGACCGCCAAAGCGCAAAGGAAAUGCGGGCAAUCGUCAGGAAUUUUCCAAAAAAGACCUUGAUGAUAUCUUGACUCCGGCCUACUAUGGGGAUGAAGAGGACGUUGUCGAUGAUCAGAAGAACAGCGGUGAGGAUUGGGUCCUCUUCUCCACGAGGAACGAGCAGCUCCUGUUGAAGGGUCCACAUGGCACGUCCUACCCUAUGUGCAGUCAAUACAAGGUCGAGAUUGAGGGUCACGUCUUCACAGGAAAUCCUCUCUCGGAGUUAAUUAGGAAUGUGCAAAAAGGGAUGUGUGGCACAGAGGAGGCGAAGCAGCGUAAAUGCGUCUCCCUCAUCUACCACAAGGACUUGAGGCAUUUUGCAGGCUUCAAAGAAAUUGCACCAGUCGUGAAGGAGGAAAGCGUUGAAACCAUCGGAAAGGGUGAAUUUGGUGAGGUUACACUAGGACUCUAUCCAGAACGGGCCAAAGGUAGAAAUCCGCCAAUGGAAGUGGCGGUGAAACGAAUCAAGCAGAAGUCCAAAAACGCACUCGUGGGUGCCAUGGAAGUGGCGGUGAUGUGCUCCAUCCUCAAAGCCUCCGCCAUCAGCAGGCAACAUCUUCUGCCUCUUAUUGGAUGGUACGUGGAUGACGAGUACCUCUACGUGGUGACUAGAUUCAUGCCUGGUGGCACCUUGCUGAAUUACCUCCAGUCACUCAACCAAAAUACCGAAGAUAAGAGGAACAAGACAGAGGAGAGGAGAGAGCAGGAGAACAAUGCUCGUUAUCUCAAAUUCCAUCGGUUUGUAUCAGAAAUCGUCAAUGGUAUGCGUGCUCUCGAGGCCAAACGGAUUCAACAUCGUGAUCUCGCAGCUCGCAACAUUCUUCUCACCAAGCACCAACGAAUCAAGGUCCACAUGUGA